GUCCUACAAGAAAUUCAAAGAAUGAUUGCAAGUUUCUGGUGGGGAAGGAAAAGGGAGGAAAGAAGAAUACAUUGGAUGAGCUGGGAGAAAUUAUGUCGCCCUAAAUAUGAGGGUGGGAUGGGAUUUCGAGAUUUACAAGGUUUCAACAUAGCACUACUUGGCAGGCAGAUCUGGAAUCUACUAAAGAAACCUGAAUCAUUAGUGGCAAGGGUCCUAAAAGCUCGCUACUACCCUCACUGUGGUGUUCUGGAGGCGUCAGUGGGAUCAAAUCCCAACUACAUUUGGAGAAGUCUCAUGCAAGCUCAAUCCCUGGUGAGAGAAGGGACGAGAUGGAGGGUGGGAAAUGGAGAAGACAUUCGUAUUUGGUGGGAUUGCUGGAUUCCAGAGGCACCAAACUACAAAAUUCAAUCUCAAGCAAUCGGGCUGGGAAUAACAGAGAGGGUAUCAAGUCUGAUCGAUUGGGAAACAAGGUCAUGGAAAAGCAACCUACUGCAAACCAAUUUCCAACCAAAUGACAGGUCUCGAAUUGAGCAGAUACCUAUACCCCCCCCCCCCCAACCUAGGCCUGAUGUACAGAUUUGGGGAAGAGAGAAAACUGGCAAAUACUCAGUCAGGUCAGGAUAUAAAGAAUGGAGGAAGGCACAAACUGCAUGUCAAGUUGAAACCUAUGUGCCAAUAGAUUGGAAGCAUCUAUGAAUGCUCGAAUUGCCUCCAAAGGUUCACAUUUUUGUUUGGAGAUGGGGGAGUAGCAUCCUCCCAACAGGAGUUAACCUAAGUCGACGAAUCAAGGAAGCAUUUGAUGAAUGUCCUUUCUGUGGACUAUUGGAAACCCAGGAGCAUAUCACAAGAGAAUGCGAUUGGGCAGGAAGGGUAUGGAGACCUAGUAAUCUAGCAAAAAAUUUUCAGACGGGAGAAAGGAAAAGCUGCGAGACUUGGUUGUGCGAUCUACUUGAGGAAACGAACAAGGAAGAAUUAACCAAAGUACUAAUCACACUUUGGUUCCUAUGGAAAGAACGCAACAACCAUUUUUUCAACAACCCUAAACUAGAAGAGUGGGAGAUAGUGGGAAGAGCCCAUAAUUACCUGGAAGAAUACGCGGAGCACCAAGCCAAGGGCAACCCAGGCAUUCCAGCGCCACGAGCUCGAUCUAGGGUGAGCUGGGAACCUCCACCAGUGGGGGUUCUAAAACUGAAUACAGAUGCGGCGAUCCUGGGAGAAAAAGGAACAGGUUAUGGAAUGGUCUUGAGAGAUUGGAAUGGCAAUUUUAUUAUGGGAGCUACUCACCGGACAAGGGUGCGAUGGCCGGUUGAAUUGGCGGAGGCGAAGGCGAUGCUAUGGGGAUUGCAGCUAGCAAGAACUCACCAAACCCAAUCGAUGCUACUGGAAUCGGACUGUCAAACCCUAAUUCAGAAGCUGAAUCGAAGAGAGACAACAGACAUGGAGGUGGCAAUGAUUUGUGAUGAAAUCCGUGAAGCAGCCGAGGAGAAUGACAUUUUUGGGUGGAGAUUCUGGAAAAGGGAAGGAAAUGAAUGUGCCCAUGUGAUGGCACGCUUGAGAGGACGAGCUGAAGAAACCGAAGUGUGGAUAGACAGGCCUCCUGUCUGUUUGGUCACCUUACUUUCUAAAGAGAGCGAUGUAGUCACUGAACUUUGAUUUCUGAAUACAGAUGAAUUGUCAAAAAAAAAAACUUGGAGCAUAAAUGUAUCACAUCUUGCGGGGCCGCCAAUUCCACGAGACUUGGAUAUUGUAAGCCAAGUAAGAUCCAUCUGACAAAGUAGUACCUCACACUAUCUGAGUCCAUAACCACGAACCAUGUCAUUGCAUGGGAACAAUAUAACAUUUGACGUGUCAUUCUAAUUAUAUUUCAAAAUAAAUUGAAGCAUUUGGAGGUCUCGCAAUUGAGUCAUGUUUAAACUUAAACAUAUUUGGACUCCUGGUUUGGUGUGCCAGUGUAAUCUGCAGGCGUGGGAGAGUGGCUUGCAAUUUCGGUGCCUCUAGAGGAUAUAAGGGGCCUAGUUCAAGGACCUCUAGUGACGUUUAUACAUAAGGCUUAGUUAAUGGGGUUUGGUGUGUUCCUUUAGUGGUGCAGUAUACUCAACAAUAUGAUUCGAGGUGCGUCGGGGGACGAAGUGAUGGCUCAUGGUUUUUGUUAUGAAGGAAUGAAAGAUCUAGUCAUGAUGGAGUUGGUGGCUUUAUGUGAUGCACUUCAGUGGUGCAAGCAGGUUGGAUUAGUGGAUUUUUCUCAUCAGCAGCCGCGUAUUGGAUAAAAAGAAUAAAUAUUCUUUUUAUUAUUAUACCCAUUAUUUGGUGUCUCUAGAGGAUAUAAGGGGUCUAGUGCAAGGACCUCUAGUGAUGUUGAUACAUAAGGCUUAGUUAAUGGGUUUUGGUGUGUUCCUUUAAUGGUAUAGUAUACUCAACAAUAUGAUUCGGGAUGCGUCGGGGGACGAAGUGAUGGCUCAUUGUGUUUGUUAUGAAGGAAUUGAAGAUAUGGUCAUGAUGGAGUUGGUGGCUUUAUGUGAUGCACUUCAGUGGUGCAAGCAGGUUGGAUUAGUGGGUUUUGCUCAUCAGCAGCCGCGUAUUAGAUAAAAAGAAUAAAUAUUCUUUUUAUCA